CCCUGCGAUUUCCAAACUCUCAAGUUUCAAGUUUCCAAUCAACGACCACAGCCGCAAAAUCACACCGUGUGUCAAUCCUCUUUCCUUUGACCUGUUUCCGACUCCACCCACCUGUGGUCAAUCCCCUUUUAAGAACAUGAAUCCGGGCGGAGGCUCUUCACUACUGGAAUUCCCUUUACCUUUGGCCGGAGCGUCUCAUGGUUUUUGUUGCGAAUACGACGCCACUCUCCGUUCUGAUGCGAGUGGUGGGGGUGGCUUUGAGGGACCACCGGGCGCGGGACCCUUGUGGGCCUGCCUGAGGGUUCUGACAGUGUCAGCCGACUCGGCCGAGCCGUUGUCAGUGGGUGCGGGGAGCUUGAACGAGCCCUCGGGAUUGUUGUCGGCCAAGAAUGCGUUCUUGCCACCCCGCCAAGAACGGCAAUUGCAAAUGCGGCGAGCCUUAUCGACUUGGCUGGAUGAAGGGUUCUUCAGUGCCUUAGAAUCUUUGGCCUCGACAUCGGAGGGCCGAUUCACCACAUGUUGGGCCCGAGGCCUCGAAGGUGUGGCCAGGGCUUUAUUGGCCACUUAUCGCAUGACUUCCAACAUUCACUCUUCUUUUAAUCCGCACCUAAUGCUCUCUGGGGAGGAUAUGAUUGCACGAUUUUCGCCCAAUCGUGAUUGGUUUGGCUCCAAAAUUCGAGUGAUGGCUUGGCAUCCGCACACUUUGAAGUUGGCCGUGGCCUUUAAAACCGACCAAAUCCAAGUUUUGGGCCAGGAUUUGCUCGCUUCCCCAACACUGAAAUACAAAAGGCAACGAGGCGUAGCUUGUCUGGCUUGGCGACCGCUCAACGGCUCGGAAUUGGCCGUAGGCUGUUUAACGGGUUUGCUCAUCUGGACCGUAGACCCUUUGAGCGUGGCGGCUCGACCCUCGGCAAGUUGCGUGAAUUUUCUACCCACGCCCCCAGGGCACGCCCCAGUCACCAGUUUGAAUUGGGAUCCCCAGGGAAACCUCCUGCUAAGUGCGAGUGCAGCUGACACGUCCAUGAUCUUAUGGAACACGGCUAGUGAAACCAAGGUUCCUCUGCGACGAGUGGGAGGAGGGGGCGUUCAUUCAGUGGCGUGGAGCCCGGACGCUACGAAAGUACUGGCAGCCACACCUUCUACUGUCUUCCGUGUCUGGGACACCAUCAAUCAAUGGAAUCACGAGCGGUGGAAUGUCUUGGCAGGCCAUGUAAAUACUGCUUGUUGGUCUCCGUGUGGCAGCUUCCUCCUGUUUUCCACCAACCAGGAGCCUCUCAUCUAUUGCCUCAAUUUCCAUCCAGUGGGCGGAUCCUCCGCGGCCGCCGUGCCCGUGGCCGAUAUGAGUCAGAUUAAAAUUGACGUUAACGGUGAAGUCAUCAAUAUCGGUGGUCCUAUUCAAAGCAUGAAAUGGAACUCAAUGGGAGAACGGUUGGCCGUGAGCUUUAAAAACUCUGAUUGUAUCGCUCUGUAUUGCACCACACUCUAUCCGACUUUGGGCCUCUCUCCUAUUGGUUUGAUUCAAGGCCUUGAGGGCGAAUCCCCCAUGACCAUGGAGUUUGCCCAUAAAUGUGACCAUGGAGCGAUCUUAUCAGUGGCUUGGUCGAGUGGACGGAUACAACAUAUCCCGUUGUUCUACGUGCCUUUGAUCGAACGGAAUCCCGCUCCUCUGAUCAUUAAUCCGGAUUUCGAGAUUCACAACAGCUUUCACGGACAAUCUCCAACUCAGUUGUUUUCUACUCCACUCGCUCGAUCUUAGGGAAAUAAAUACUUUCUGCGUAA